GUCCACUUACAAAGAAAGCCUACACUGCAAUGGAGUUGCAGUGAAGAAGAUGAAGAAGAAGUGUGCAGACAGGAAGCAUAUAUGGCCAUUGAUGCAGAAUCAGAGGAUGAAGACAUCAACCAGGUGAAAUCCUAUUAUUCUGAUUCUUUUAGUGAAGAUGAUCAAAUGUUAGUAACCAUACGAGAUAUUCAAAAGAAAUUUGCUAAUGUUAAGCAAAAACACAUCAGAACUAAAGGAGAAUUUGAAGUGUUAUCAUCAAACUAUGAAUCACUCAAAAUAGAGAAUCACAAACUGGAAAACACCUUGAAAAAUGCCUUGAAUGAGAAUGAAACUCUUAAAACGAAGCUUGCUGCCUCAGAGGAUAGAGUAAGGUAUCUAGAAAGAAACAUAGUCUCAAGUCUAUCUAACAGGUUCAGAAGUCGAAAGACAAUUGAGUGCUACUACUGUCACAAACUUGGUCAUCAUAUAAGCAAGUGCAGAAAACUCAUUGCUAAAGAUAAUAAAAUCAAGAAUGCUUCAAGUUUCACUCAUAACCAUACUGAGUGCUCACAUAAAAAAUUUCAGGUCUUAAAAGAACCUAAACUUGUGUGGGUACCUAAAAACAAGUAAUUCAUCUCUUUUGCAGACCUGUCUCCAAGUGAGCAUGGAAGGCAGUGUUUGGAUUCUUGACAGUGGUUGCUCACAUCAUAUGACUGGGGAUAAAAAGCUUUUUACUGAUCUCACACUAAGAAAGAGAGGUAAAGUUUACUUUGGUGAUAAUUACAGUACAGAAAUUCUAGGUAAAGGAACCAUAGGUAACUCACCCUCUAUAAGCAAUGUUAUGUUUGUAAAAGACUUAAAACACAACCUUCUUUCCAUAAGUCAACUAUGUAAAAAUGAAAACCGAGUCUUAUUUGAACCAAAUGGAUGUGUCGUCGAAAAUAUCUUAACCAAGAAGACUCUGUUCACUGGAAAACGAAGAGGGAAACUGUUUAUUAUUGAUCUAAAUGACAAAAAGACUUUUAAUGAAUCAUGUCUCAUAACAGUUGACAAAGAUGACCAACUAGAAUGGCAUCGGAGGUUAGGGCACAUAAGUGUGGGAAUUCUAUCUAAACUAGUAAACUUAGAACUAGUUAGAGGUGUUCCUAAGAUCCAUAGCAAGAAAGAGUUUUUCUGCGAUGCGUGCACAAAGGGAAAACAUACUAGAACCUCCUUCAAAACAAAACAAGUUCUGUCCACAAAUAGACCUCUUGAAUUACUUCAUCUAGAUCUUUUUGGUCCCAGUAAUGUCAUGAGUCUAGGAGGAAAAUAUUAUGCCUUUGUCAUUGUAGAUGACUUUUCAAGGUUCACCUGGGUUCUUUUCCUUUCAAGCAAAGAUGAAGCCUUUUUGAAAUUCAAAAAUUUUGUCAAACAGGUUGAAAAUGAGAAACAAUCUAAAAUAAUAAACAUCAGGAGUGAUCAUGGAGGUGAAUUCGAAUCAGACAAAUUUGAGGAAUUCUGUAACAUAAAUGGAAUUUUACACAACUUUUCAGCUCCCAGAACACCACAACAAAAUGGUGUAGUGGAGAGAAAGAAUAGAACCUUAAUAGAGAUAGGGAGAACUAUGCUGAAUGACUAUGGUGUGUCUAAGAAAUUCUGGGCAGAGGCUAUUAACACAGCUUGCUACAUAAUUAAUAGGGCUUUAAUUCGAUCCAAAUUAAACAAAACCCCUUAUGAACUUUGGAAAAAUCGAAAAACCUAAUCUAAGUUAUUUCCACCCUUUUGGUUGUAAAUGCUUCAUAUUAAAUACAAAGGAUACUUUGGGAAAAUUUGACUCUAAGUCAGAUGAAUCGAUCUUUCUUGGUUAUUCUAUCAACAGUAGAGCAUACAGGGUGCUUAAUAAAAGGACUCUCAAGGUAGAAGAGUCCAUUAAUGUUAUAUUUGAUGAGUCUGUGAGUAAGAUUGCAGAAGUAAUAGAUGAUGAUGAUGACUUUGGUAUUGGGGGGAACCAAUGCAAGGACUCAAAGAUAGUGAGUUCAGAGACAUCCUCAACUGUAGAAAACACAGACAUGGACAGACCUGAAGCACCUCCUCACAUACAGAAACGUCACCCCAGCUCACAGAUCAUUGGUGAUCUGAAUCAAGGUAUGGUGACUCGAUCCAAGGUCUAUCCUGAGCAUACUGCAUUCAUCUCUCAAAUCUUGCCUAAGAAUAUAGAUGAGGCUCUAGAAGAUGAAUUUUGGACAGCAGCUAUGCAUGAUGAAAUGCAUCAGUUUGAAAGAACCAGAGUUUGGGAUCUAGUUCCCAAACCAGAAAACAGAACCAUAAUAGGUACAAAAUGGGUUUACAAAAAUAAAACUGAUGAAAGUGAUAUUAUCAAGAAAAAUAAAGCUAGACUUGUAGCUCAAGGGUAUAAUCAAGAAGAAGGAAUCGACUUUGAUGAAACCUUUGCACCUGUUGCCAGAUUAGAAGCCAUAAGGCUUCUCUGUGCUUAUGCAGCAGCAAAAGGGUUUAAACUGUUUCAAAUGGAUGUCAAAAGUGCCUUUUUAAAUGGUGACCUAAAAGAAGAAGUUUAUGUGUCUCAACCUCCUGGGUUCGAAGACUCAGAACAUCCAGAAUAUGUUUAUAAGCUUAACAAAGCCCUCUAUGGUCUUAAGCAGGCUCCUCGAGCCUGGUAUGACAAACUCAGUCAGUUUUUGAUAGAUGAUGGGUUUCAUAGGGGAAAAGUUGAUAAAACAUUGUUCAUCAAAAGGUCAAAUAGUCAUACUUUGUUAGUACAAGUCUAUGUAGACGAUAUUAUUUUCGGAUCCUCUUGUCCUGAACUGUGUCUUAACUUUGAAAACAGCAUGAAAAGGGCCUUUGAAAUGAGUCUUAUAGGUGAACUGAACUUUUUUCUUGGACUACAAGUUAAACAAACUAAUUCGGGUACUUUUAUAAGUCAAAGUAAAUACCUUCAUAACAUGCUAAAACGCUUUAACCUUGGAAAUCUCAAGUCUGCUCCUACUCCCAUGGGUUCUUCAACUAAAUUAACAAAAGAUGAAACUGGGAAUAAUGUUGAUCACAAACUCUUUAGGGGAAUGAUUGGUUCUUUACUGUACUUAACAGCAGUCGCCCAGAUAUAAUGUAUAGUGUUUGUGUAUGUGCUCGGUUUCAAAGCCAACCUAAAGAAAGCCAACCUAAAGACUAGAGUGCUAGCUGGAACCCCUGACCUAGGAUUGUGGUACUCUAAGCACUCUAGUCUAGACUUAGUUAGUUACACAGAUUCCGAUUACGCAGGCUGUGUGAUUGAUCGUAGAAGUACCUCUGGUGCUUGUCACUUCCUAGGGUCUUCUCUCAUUUCUUGGUUCAGCAAAAAGCAGAACUCAGUGGCACUUUCUACUGCAGAAGCAGAGUAUGUAGCUGCUGGAUUCUGUUGCACUCAAGUGCUCUGGCUGAAAUAUCAGUUAAUUGACUAUGGAAUCACUUUAGGGUCACUUCCUAUUUUCUGUGACAAUACCAGUGCUAUAAACAUGUCUAAAAACCCUAUCCAACAUUCUCGGACUAAACACAUUGAAGUCCGAUAUCACUUCAUUAGAGACUUAGUCCAGGAUGGUAAAAUUCAUCUUGAGUUUAUUAGAACUGAGUGUCAAUGGGCGGAUAUCUUUACCAAAUCCUUGCCCUCUUAUCAAUUCCUACAUAUCAGGCGCGAAUUAGGAUUAUUCUCUCUCCAGGAUCUGCCUAAUUUUCAGUAAUUCAUUCCCUUUGCCUUUCUGUCACUCUCAAAUUGAUUCUUCUUCCCUUUUCUUACUCUGCUAAUGAAUCCCCAUCCUUCUGGCAAAUUACCAUAUCCUCUCCUGCUCUCCCCAUAAAAACCCUUCGUCCUUAGGUUCCCUCACACACACACUCUCGUUUCCAGCACAAAUUCUCUCUUUUCAAACACAUCCUUUCAUCAUGGUGCUCAAUAACCCUCAGCUGCACCCUGCUGUUACCUUCUCCAACAAGGUAUUCAGGAAGGAUAAAGAGUUUUCUCGCUAUGUUCGUCGCUUUCGUGAUCGAGCAAUUUACCCCUCCUUCACCAUUCAACCAUCUGCCUUCUCCAAGUACGAUAUGGAUAUAUCUACCUUGAUUCGCAACCUUGGAUGGGAAUCUCUGUUUGAAGAUCAACGGUUUACCUACUGUCCCGAGGCUGUGAGGCUGUUCUAUGUGAACCUCAAACGUGGUUCUGGCGCUGAUCUCUAUUCCUUCAAAACCACGGUCGGCAAUCUUGAGAUCACAGUCACUGCUGAUCUGCUUGCCAGUGAGCUAGGGCUGCCUCACAAUGGUCUCAAGGCAGGGGACGAUGGCCAGUUCCAUGAUUACAAUUUUGACUACCAUCAUGUCCAUAACUCCCUUGUGCAUGACAUUGGUCGAUAUUUUCCCAAUCGCCUUGAUGCUGGGCGUCUUCCAGAUGAUCUGCGUGUUCUUCAUUUCUUCAUCACUAGGAUUCUUCUGCCCAGAUCUCUAUCGAGUGCCACGCUAUUGCACACUACUAAUCUCUGGAUCCUUCAUCAUGCUCGGUCUGGUCAGGCUAUCAGCUAUGCCUCCUUGGUCUUUUGCCAUCUUGUCAAGUAUGGAGAUGACAAUUAUGAUGGUUGGUUGCCUCUGGCACCUCUCAUCACCCAGCUUCUGGGGAAGUUAGGAGUUGAUCUUCGUGACAAGGUCACACUUUGCAACGUUCAUGAUGACCUGAAAGCCCAACAUGUCCUUGCUCGUCUCGAUGCAAGUGUUGGACCCCGCAAGCCUGUCACUGGCUCAGGGGGAGAGGUUGCUGCUUUGGUCAAAGCCCUAGUGUCUGCUGCUGAAGUGGUUGUCGACCGUGAGCUAACUGGUUACUCCAGUGAGAAUCUCAAAGGGAAGCGGAAGAUUCCUGUAACCACUCUGACAUCCUUGUCUACUCGGUUGAAACUCCUCAGAGACGGAGGUGGAGCAAGCUCAUCCAGCAUCAGGGAGGAGGAUGAAGCUGUUGAAGAAUCUGAAGAGUUCGGGGAUAUCUCAGAUUAUGACUCUCCUCCUCACUAUCCCUUUUAGACCAAGUCUUAAGUCUCUUUUAGAAUUCUGUCCAGGGUCUAGGUCUAAGUUAUCUAGAUCAAAGAGCAGCCUUAGCUGUUCCCUGUAAUGCUUCUCAAUUUCUCUAAUGAAUAAAGUUCCAUCUUGAGUGGAUAUUGAAUUUCUUCUGUAGAACAGGCUGCACCGAUUUGUUUGCUGAGUUGAUGCAGGUAAGCAGCAAUCAAGGAGCCAUUGACAAGCUUAGGGGGAGCAUGUUGAAGGAAGCUCGGUCAAUGGCCCUGAUCAAGCAAAUAUAAACGGCACAAUUAGCUGAAUUGGAAAGAAAUCAAGUAUGAUGCAGUACCAUUUUUAUCAUGAGUCAAAGAUGGAAGGUUUCUAAAAGAGACGUUGAGGAAAGCAUGAAUAUAAAGAGGAGCAGAUCAUAAACUAGGAGUUUAACCUUUUCAAUCGAACAAGAAGAGAAGUGCUGAGAAUUAGCUAGAGUUCUUGUUGUGAAAAGAGAGCAUAUCAGAGUGAUUGCUUAGUGGAUUAGGUUGAUGUCCUUUAUUCUUGAGUGACAGUUCAAUCUAGUGAGAGUGAUCUACCAGCUGAAGGCUGAGAGUUCUCUGUUCAGACUUGUAACAGGAAACUUGAGCAACUAAGUCAUUAGUUAUACGUUGAAGAUCUCAAGAAGAGAUUCUUCAACCGUGGAUUAGUCAGUGCAGGGAUCCUUAUUCUCCCUGUACUGGAUACCACGUAAAAAUCCUCUGUGUCACAUCUGUACUUUCGUUUCUUGUUCUAUCUGAUAAACUGUCUGUGUGUUCUUGAGCUUAGUUUGAUACAGGGAAGGGAGCCUGAACUGAAGAACAGGAGAAGAUGAAGCUUACUUCAUAGCUUCUGUCCUUGGGUCGAUUAAGGGCUUUAAGUUUAGGGCCUUCAAAAUCAUUUCACUGGGCCGGGACUUAAAAACAGAACAGACAGGCCCACUAUUAAUUCCUUUCACUAGUCAUAAACUGAAUACUGUUUUACCUUCGUUAUUUCUUAUCGGUUUCACUCUACAUUCACAAGCUCUGUGUUAGGGUUUUGAUCUUUCAGAAAGCAAAUCAAAGCAAAUCGCCGUUGGUCUCGCGCUCGACCUCGUUCAACAUUAUGGAGUCCUAGCAGGGAACUUGAGUACGAGUAUUAUAUCAUAGACACUCCUGUAUAGAUUAAAGCUUGUGUAUUCUGUUUACAGAGCUACUGAUUUUUCUGCUUCUAAUGAAGGUGGUGACCCUAUUUUGGUUAAUGAAUUGUGGGAAAUGAAGUGUUAAGUUUCUUGAUGCUCUAUCAAUACUACUGUUUUGGUAUAGGAUUACUUGCUCAUUCCAGCUGACAUUCUGCUCCACUUUAUCUGUGACCGUCUAUCGUGAACAAAAACUACUCCAUGGAGUCCUAUAAGGGAACUUAAUAAGAUGCACAGUUAAUCAUAUUCGUUGCUUGAUCCAUUUCUGAUUUUGUCCCUUGUGACAAUAUUUCAGAAACUGAAAAUUAUUCUUAACUUGUGUCCUAAAAGGGGAUUUGAGACUCUGCAGAGAUGGACCUAAAAACUCCCCUGUACAGGUUGGUUAAAUAUGGAAAUGAAAGUUGGUUCUGGUUUUGCCUCAUAAUUUAGGUGAUGAUAACUGCAGUAUUGAUCUCUUUAGAGAACAAACCUAAUAGAACGUGGGAGUGAUGUGAUUACUGUUGUAUUGAUGAUGAUAAUUGCAGUAUCGGUGUCUCUUUAAAGAACACACUUGAUAGAACGUGGGAGUGAUGUGAUUACUGUUGUAUUGGUAUCUUAUACCAAAAUAAACUUAACGUGAAAACUCUGAUAUGAUUGUACUUUGCUAGUUGGAUUGUUGAUACCAUUCUCAAUUGCCCUUGGUAAUGAUUACUACUGCAUGGGUAUGGUAUACCAAUAUAAACUCUGAAAUGAGUUAAUUAAGUUUGAAGUAUCAG